AUGAGUGGCACCACUAAGAGUCUGUCAUCAACCCCUAAAUCGCAAUCAACUCAUUUAUUUGUGUUAAUUCAUGGUCUCUGGGGAACUUCGUCUCAUAUGGCGACAAUAGAAAAAUUCUUAAAAGAGAACUUACCAAGUUCAACAGACGAUAAAAUUGCAACCAUUAAACCUGCCUGUUUUAGAUUUUGGAAAACUUACGAUGGACUAGAAUUAAAUGCAAAAAAAAUUAUAGCUGAUAUCUUCUACGAGAUCGAAUCAUUGAAACAGAAUAAUGAUCUGGAAGUGACGAAAAUAAGUAUCAUCGGCUAUUCGCUUGGUGGUUUAAUUUCAAGAUAUGUAAUUGGCUUACUCGAUGAAUUGGAUUUCUUUGAAAAGAUCCAACCAGUAUUUUUCAGUACAUUUGCCACACCACACGUGGGAAUCGAAUUUUUUAAUGACAAUAUUUUUGAUGCAGUUGCCAAUAGACUAGGACCAUAUUUAUUUGGGAAAUCUGGAGGGCAGUUGUUUAUUGCUGACCAUGAUAAAAUAUUGGUUAAAAUGGCUGAUCCACAAGAAAAGUAUAUGCGAGGAUUACAAAAAUUUCAAAAACAUAUUCUCUUAGCCAAUAUCAAGAAUGAUAGAACCGUGGCCUUUUUCACUUCCUUCAUAACAGAUGUGUCUCCCUUUGAUGAAUUGGAUGACAUAAAAAUUGUUUACUUGGAUAAUCUACCUCAAGCAAAGAUUGCAAAUAAAUUAGUUCGUCCCAAAUUUGUUGAUUUAACAAAAUCUCAUCGUUUAACUUUGAAGGACAAAAAGAUAUUUCUUGGGAAUCAACAGGAGGAGACGCCAUUUAUCAGAAAAAACCGAUGGGCCAAGAUUUUAGUUAUUGCUCUAUUGGCUUGUUUGGUUGUCCCUUUUUGGGUACCAUUUGUUCUUGUUAGUUCCACCACUGUCUCAAUCUACAGUUUCAUUAAAAUCAAGCUUGUUAAAGGACCUUUAAGCGCCCAGCACUGGCUGAGAGUGAAAAAGUUUGUUUAUGGCAACUCCCCGAUAGAUCCUGCUGAUGCUAAAGCAGGGAAUGUUCAACGUUUGAAACGCCGUACAUUGGACAGACAUGAGUCUUUUAAAGGAGAUACUUCUUAUUUGACAGAGGACACCAUGGAUCGUGUUUUGUAUGCCGAAGAAAGAUAUUUGAAUAAAAGUAGAAAAGCAGGAUCCAUAAAAAAUGAGGAAGAUGAAGAUGCUUUGGUAACUGAGAAUGCUGAUUAUAACACAGACUCUGAUGGCGUCGACGAGAGUUUGGAAGUUGAUACGUUAAAAUCAACUAAUAAAUCAAUUGAGAUGGACAUUGAGGAAAAUGAUAAAGUUAUUUCUGAAAGUAUACAAACUUUAAAAAGCUACGAAUCAUUCCCAUUAUUCCAAGACCACAAGUAUAAGUUACCAUUGAAUGAAGAUAAGCUGUUCAUUGUAAAGAACUUGAAUACCUUGGAUUGGAUCAAAAUACCUGUGUUUUUGGAUGUUUGGAAUGCUCACGACGGAAUUGUAAGUAGAAGAGGAGCUAAGACCAAUCCUAAGGGGGCAUCUACAAUUGGAUUGUGGGUGUCGAUUCUUCGAAAUCAUUUGCAAGAGAGUGGCCCUGUUGCUGCUGCUGCUUCGGUCAACGGGAAUUAA